AUGACCACUCUCCUUUGCCAUCUCCUCCUCUUACUUUUCUUCUCACUAUUCUGUUUCUCUUUCUUUCUUUCUUUCUUUUUUUCUUUCUCUCCGUUUUCUCUUAAUGCAUUUUGCACCGCUCUGGACACCACACCGCUCCAUCUCUCUCUCUCUCUCUCUCUCUCUCUCUUCUUUCUUCCUCUCUCUCUCUCUUUCUCAGAUACUGCCCUUACAGAAUAUGGCUGGUCGUCCCUGGCAAUCCCUCUCUCUCUCUCUCUCUCUCUUCCUCUCUCUCUGUCUUCCUCUCUUCCUCUCUCUCUCUCUCUCUCUCUCUCUCUCUCUCUCAGAUACUGCCCUUACAGAGUCAGCCACCAUAAUUUCAGUUCACGUUUUAAUGUCACCAUACAAAGACAUGGCUGGUCGUGCCUCCCUCUCUCUCUCUCUCUCUCUCUGUCUUCCUCUCUCUGUCUUCCUCUCUUCCUCUCUCUCUCUCUCUCUCUCUCUCUCUCUCUCUCUCUCUCUCUCUCUCUCAGAUACUGCCCCCUUACAGAGUCAGCCACCAUAAUUUCAGUUCACGUUUUAAUGUCACCAUACAAAAGAUAUGGCUGGUCGUCCCUGGCAAUCCCUCUCUCUCUCUCUCUCUUCCUCUCUCUCUGUCUUCCUCUCUUCCUCUCUCUCUCUCUCUCUCUCUCUCAGAUACUGUCCUUACAGAGUCAGCCACCAUAA